CUUCGUGCUUGCAUCGAUUUGUUUACAUUCGAUUGGUAAGACCGAAUUUUGGGCAGUUUCAAUUCUGCUUUUUCAGUGGAUUUUAUACUGGCUGCCACGAUGAUACAGCAAACCUGUAUAUCGUGUAGUGUGAAAAAUAAUGGCAUGAUAGCUAUUCAUCAACAUCCGAAUGGAUUGGAUGAUAUGUUCCGUACGGUUACGGACGUGGAGGUACAACCGGACGAUCAUCUUUGCGUGCCGUGUUACGAUGAUAUGAAGAUAGCCUACCGCUUCAAGCAGAGAUGUAGACAGAAUGUUGCACUGCGCUCAACUAGUCAGACACCGAGACCGCCACCUGUGGCUCCGUCCGAGCAGAACGUGAACAGUAGUACCGAUGUUUCUACUACGGUUAGAGAACCAAUAAGCGUUAAGGGCGAAAUUUCCAAGGAGGACCCUAGUAACGAGACAACAAACCCAACCAUCGUUCAGCAAGAAGUAGAACUGCUUUUAGAUACUGAAGCCCACCAGGAUGAUGCUGAGAUUAGCUUCGAAAUCGUUGAACACGAACCGGAAGACGCCACCAAUGUACUGGAGGAGGAAAAGAAAUGUGUUUCGGAUUCAAAAACUUCGGAUGCACCAAAUGAUAAUGAAACGCAAGAGUGCAAUAAUUCCACAAUCCAUGUCUCCGAUGAGCAACCAACAACUUCCACCGCGCUCGACGAAUCCAAAACCAAAGUUUUCCUACCACAACUCCCAAAGGUACACAGUCUGAUGUGCGAGUAUUGCUUUAAAGAGUUUGAGCUUCUGACGGAUAAAAUCGAACACACCGAGACGCAUCAAUCGGAACCGAAACCGUUCAAAUGUGCACACGACGGGUGUGGUGGCGCGUUUAAGGAUCGGGUAGGUUUGCGUGCCCACGUACGGAUACAUGCAACGGUAAAACGGUUCGGAUGUCGGUACUGUUCGAUGCGGUUCCAUACGCAAGGCAAUAGGAUUGCACACGAACGGACGCACAACGGGGAGAAGCCAUACAUUUGUCCCAAGUGCGGUAAAGGCUUUGCGGAGAGUGGCAAUCUCAAGAACCAUAUCCGGUUCCACGAUGGAGAAAGGCCGUAUGCUUGCGGGGUGUGUGGUAAAUCGUACCGGACGCACUAUUCGCGCUCGGUACACAUGCGGUCACACACCAACGAGCGACCGUUUGUGUGUGAUGAUUGUGGGAAAGGAUUCUAUUCGUCCGGUAAGCUAACGAUCCAUCGGCGGACGCAUACGGGCGAGCGGCCGUUUGAAUGUGAAUCCUGUUCGGCAAAGUUUGCCGAUACCUGUGGACUGAGAAGGCACAUGGCAAAACGGCACUUUCCACUCGUCAUCGGCAAUGAAACGCUUAUCGUCACCAUGCAAGACCAGCGGAAUGUUAUUGAUCGGAGGAAUUGGUACUUGUCGCGCCCUCCAAAUGCUACGUCGGCUGCUGCUGCCCUUCCACCGGAAAUGGAGAAAGAAUUAAUCCACCUGUACCCGUUGAUAGCACAAAUAUUGCAUAACAUAAACGAGAAAAGUGCACCAUCGAUGCAAAUGCCUGCCACAACGUAUCGACCGCCUAAUCAUGUGGUGGGACAGGAGAAACCGUUUUGCUUCCACUAUGAGAAACAAACCGACACAGAAGAUUUACCAUACUUUCAGAACUACGAUCGGCAAAGGCAUGGUGAAAAGGUGAUCAAACAUGUGCACUACUAUGUGGAAAGCGCCGUGAAAAGCAAGGCCACCAACACGAACUCGGAUACGGCCAACGUACGGCGGAUAGAAGCUGAGGAGAUUACGGAUAUUGAAGAUAUAAUAGAACAUUCUAUCAGUAUGGACGCACUGAAUUCCACCAUGAAUCGUAGCCGCUGUGUUGCGUGUCAUAUAGAGGAGCCCGGCAUGAUAGCGAUCUACCAACAUCCUCGCGGUGUCGAUCGUCUGUGGACCUACGUGACCGGAAUUAUCGUAAAAGCCAAAGACCAACUUUGUAUACCGUGCUACGAUGAGCUGCGGAUAGCGCACCGAUUUAAGGAAAAGUGUAUCCACAACAACAUUAACCGUUUGGGACUGGGACUUCCGCGCAGAUCCACAGCACACCCGCAGCAGGACACACCGACCAGCGAUGAAUCGAUUACCGCUCCGCUAAUGACUCCCGAACCGCUGAUGGCGGCACGGCUCGAGGAAACUAGCCACGGGACGGCGGAAAAUUGCCGACCGAUACAACCCAGAACGGAACAUCCACCCAUUAGGCAUGAUUUUGUGAUCAAAACUGAGACCCCUCCGGAAGAGGACGAAGCUCCGAACCGAACCGCAACUCCCGACGCGCAGCAGCUUGAUUGCGUUUCUUUGCUGAACGAUAGUGCAGCAGGCCAAACGAUUCAAGCCGGCAACCACGAAACAUCGGUGGCAGCGGUAGAUGUGGUUAAAAUGGAGCUAGAACUAUCGCUGGACGACAUUGGGCUGGCAGAAUCCCUCUCGGCAGAUAGCGCCAACGAAGAGUCCGAUGAGGAGGAGGAGGAGGAGGAGGAUGGUCACGAUAGCAAAACGGAUGAGGUAGCGGAUCCGCCCGCUGCUGGUCCCGGGUCGGCGGUGGUACCGCAAUGUUCCCAGUGCGGCCAAACGUUCCACAGCCGGACGGCACUGAAGCAGCACCAGCAGCGAGAACACAAGAAAAUACGGCGCGACAAUACGAACGCCGUCAAGUAUCGGCGCGUGCUGUCGGGCAAGAUUAACGCACUGAUGUGCCGGUACUGCUAUCGGGAGUUUAACGAACCGGAAGCGAAGGCGGCACACGAAACGACACACCUUAGCGAUCCGAAACCAUUCCAGUGUUCCUACGGCGACUGUAACCGACUGUUCCAGCACCGGUCCGCCUUAAACCGGCACUUUUACACGCACGUUACGCCGAAGCGGUUCAAGUGCAGCGUGUGCCCGAAGCGGUUCCACCAGCAAAGCUCUAUGGUGGUGCACGAACGGUUGCACCGGGGCGACAAACCACACAUCUGUCCGCAGUGCGGCAAGGGCUUUACGCACGUGUCGAACGUGAAGCGACACAUCCGGUUUCACAAUGGCGAAAAACCGUACCAGUGUGGCAAGUGUCCGGCCCGGUUCACUACCAGCACGGAUCUGCGCCGGCACAUGAACAGCCGACGAUGCAUGAUGAUGUGGUCGAUGAAGGCGGCCAAGUAG